AUGCGCGGCUUGUAUUCCAAACUCGGUGCUGGACUUUCUCUUGGACUUCUGAUCUUGGGAUGGUUUGUGUUCGUUGUAUUGACGCCGACAAAAGAGGCAACAACUCAGAAAAGAGAAGGCUUGUGUGACCGCUUGAAAGAUCUCAAUCGUUCGCAAGCAUCGUGCGAUCUGUUUGGCGGCUGUCAUGGUUACUGCCCGGGCAAUCCAUGUCAGUGCACGUCUCAAUGCAACAACUUCGGCAACUGUUGCGAAGAUUUUGUGGAAAGCUGCAUGAAUGAAUCGCAUGUCGAUUAUGAGUUGGCGAAACUUGAGGAAAAGUUGCAGGAGAUGGAGCAUGGCAAAGGCAUUGUCGGGCGUGAGUGGAUCUUGAGCUUGGUAAUGUUUUUCUUCGUGUUGACAAUGAUGGCCCUGCUGUACUUCGCACAUUCGGAGAAUAAACACAUGCAAAACGCAGUGUACGAGCUGACGUGCACCACCGUUUCCAUUUUUGCCACGAAUACCGUUACGGUGGCUGCCCAUGGUGUGUUAAUUGAGCAGUUGUGGAUGGGAAAGUACCCUGGAUUAAACCAAAAGGCAGGUCCAAUCGUGCAGGCCAAGAUAUAUGGCAUAUUGUCCAUCCUAUGCUUCCUCGGAUCCAACUGGAUUAUUUACAGAUUCAGGGAGAAGGAGCAUAAUUAUUCGGCGCUUGGCCAGCUGUCGAGCCAUAUGACUGGCUUCACUCUGAUACAAGCCAUCGGCAGUCUGCAGUGGAGCGUGAGGGAAGAUGGAUGGAAAUGCUUUCUCGUGCUACCCUGGACAGCGAUCCUUUUGAGAGGUAUGCUGUUUCUCGGUGAGCGGUUGCGUGCACAGUGUGUUGGGAGCACGGAAGUGUACUGGGAGUACCAAGCAGGCGAUGAUGAGUGGCAUAGAUUUCCCGAUGCAACGAGUCGCGAGCUUGAAUCUCGAUUCAUGGACUCUUCGGAUUCCGAAUCGGAGGUGGCCUUCACCAUUCCAGUGUCCGACCCUGCGGAUCCGCGACAGAAAGUGGAAGUGGCUUUGCCAAAUGCAAACGCAAUUUGCGAAUCUCCACAUGGAGAAAUGUUCCCGGAAGAUGACGGCAGUGAUCUCAGCUGCGCGGCCUGGAAAGUACGCAGAGAAUGCCCUUGGCUCGAUUUCGCAAGUGAGAUAUUUACUGAGGGUGCGGCUCUGGUGAUGGGUUUCUUGGUGAUGCAGACCAUUCUCCUGUUUCACACGGGAUACUUGCAUUCUGUGGAGGGCCUCCUGCAGAAGCCGAAAGAUUGGGACUGGGUGCUCACUGGCAAAGUCCUGGGCUGGAGCGUGGUUUUCGGCUCCUUUGUCCCUGUGGUGGCUGCAAGCUCCGCCUGGAUCCCGGCUCGUUUCCUUCCUGACGCAGAGCUUCUCCGCGAGUCAUGUUCUUCUGCACUUGCCUGGUGUCUCGUCCGCGGGGCUGCAUUGACAGUCAGGCCGCAUUGUUCCAUCAUGGACACAUACAUCGUGGUGGCCUUCCCGCUGACCUGGCUAGCAUUUGUCGUGACUGGAUUUGCCUACAGCAUCCCUUCAGGGGAUGGAGAGUCCACUGUGGUUCCGCACAGCAUUGCCAAUGCUUUCGGCAUUGUCGUCGGCUUGGCCUGGGACAAAGCAUUCGAAUCCCUUGCUCUCCACAUGACUUCGGGCUGGUAUGGCCACUAUGUGGUCUCAAAAGUCUGUUUGGCGGGUGCUGUCAUUGUGACAAUCCUUCCAGGGUGGUAUUGGUACCUAGUGCCGCAUACACUGCGUUCUCACGGAGACUAA